GUUUACACAGAGGCCAAACUGAGACAUGAACCAAAGUCCAUGUUGGUUGUGUGAACAGAAAUCACCAUCAGCAUGUCUGGUUCAGUCAGCAUUGAGGUGUCUCCCCCUCCUUUGGGUCUCGAAGCUGAGUAUGAGACACUUUUCACCCCUGACUCUCUCCUCUUCCUUCAUGAGCUGAUCUCCACUUUUGAUGAGGAGGUGGAUCAGGUCCUGUGUUUACGAGUUUCCAGAAAGGCGCACUUUGACCUCUCAGGUGACCUGCCACGCUUCCUGGAGGAGACCACACAUGUCAGGGCAGACCGGACAUGGAGGGUGCUCCCUGUACCUCCACGACUCCAGAAGAGACAUGUGGACAUUGGGGAUCUGGCUCCCUGUGAUACUCAGCGUUUCAUACAAGCUCUCAAGUCACCAGCACAAGGCAUACAGGUGGACUUUGAUGAUGGGAACUGUCCCACAUUUCACAACCAGAUCAGAGGCAUUUACAACGUGAUGAAGGCGGUGCACGGCCACUUUCCCAAUGUUCCACACAUUUCUCAGACUCCAGUGCUGAUGGUACGUCCUCGUGCAUGGAACAUGGUGGAGAACAACCUGAUGGUCGAGGGUAAACAAGCUCCUGGUCCUCUCUUUGACUUUGGCCUCGUCAUGUUUCACUGUGGAAAAAUGUUGUAUGAAAACAAGAGUGGACCCUUUCUCUACCUGUCCAAGGUAGAGAGCCACCUGGAGGCCAGACUGUGGAACAAGAUCUUUGUGUGGACCCAACAGAAGCUCGGUCUUCCCCUGGGCAGCAUUAAGGCAACAGUUCUCAUAGAAAGUGUCGUCGCAGCCUUUGAGAUGGACGAGAUUCUCUAUGAGCUGCGAGACCACUCAGCAGGACUCAACUGUGGCAUGUGGGAUUAUUCCGCCUCCUUCGUUAACAAGUUUGGACACAGACGGACCUUCCUGCUGCCCGACCGCACCAGAUACAUCAACAUGGAGAAACACUUCCUGCACAGCUACAUGAACCUGCUGGUUCAGACGUGUCAUCAGCGCGGAGCACUGGCCACAGCAGGCAUGGCUGCCCUGCUGCUGCCUCACGAGCCGCACAGCGACUCCUACAGGACAGCGGUGGCUACUGUCAGCAGACUGAAGUUGCUGGAGAUCAGAGCAGGUGUUGAUGGUUUUCUGGUUUUUGACCUGGGCUUGAUUGAGCCCAUGCAGAAACUCUUUGAACUUCACACAGAAGGUGAUAAUCAGCUUUGCCAGCUUCGUCGCGAUGUUUCUGUGACAGCUGAAGACCUGGUGACCAUGCCUCCGGGAGGAGUCAAUCUUCACAGUUUGAAGUACAACAUUGCAGUCGGUGUCCUCUUCGUUAACGCUUGGCUCUCCGGUCACGGCCUCUUCUUCUACAAAGGCAACGUUGAAGAUUCAGCCACGGCAGAGAUUUCCAGAUCACAUGUGUGGCAAUGGAUCCGUCACCAGGCUCCGCUGCAGGACGACAGCAGGGUGGUGAGCAGGCGGCUGGUGACUGACCUCACAGAGGAGGUCAUGGUGGAGCUCAGUGUCCUCUGUCAUUCUGUGAGGGAUAAACAGAGGCUGCACACAGCAGCAGACAUAUUCCUGGAGGUGGUCCAGAAGAGAGACUUCCCAGAGUUCAUCACCACCUACCUGAGCCAGAACCACACUUUCCUCAGCUCCCAGCGAACUGUGGACAAGCACCAGCACCGGUCCAACCUGUGACCUCGUCACUCAGAGUUGUAGAAGUCGACAGAAUUACGCAGUAAAAAGUCAGCUGUUUAACGUCAUGCUUGGUUAGAGUUAUUUCAGACACGGAUGUGUUUGUAACUUGAAGGCUUGUCUUCUGAUGGAUUGUUCCAUACAUAAUUGUGUACUAUUAUAUAAAGUUAUAAAAUUGUC